ACUCGAGGUAGUCAGUCGGCUGUGAACGUUAAAACUACGCGACGAUAAAGUUGGUGGUGCACGUGCCGCAAACAAAGAAACAUUUGGCGCCAAAUGUCAACCGUUUGUUUUUCGUGUGUAUGUGUUUUGUUCGUUUUUUGACGUUUCCGUACCAAUUGAAGUACGUAUUGCGGGCACCUCGUAUGAUUCUUUCGAGUGCGGUUAGUGACGGUUGGUGCAUUUUUGAAAUUCAACAGUUUUUCCGCUCAUCUGGAGGUAUCGCUGCUGGACAAAGGAGAAAAAAUGCCCGUGAAAAUGGAGACUGAAAUAAAACGAAAAAAAUACAAAAGCGGCAUCAGAGUCAACGCACUGAGAACCGGCGGGGUCAUAAGCAGUGGCGGAGGCGGUGGGGGCAGCGGAGGCGGAGGCGGCGGUAGGCUGUACGAGGUGCGAAGGGCGUACAAGGCGGCCGUGGUGCCGUGCAAGACGGCCCGGCGAAGGGUUCGUGGAAUGAGCAUGGGCCAGAAGGUUUCAGGAGGAGUCAAGGCCGUUAAUAGAGAUGCCGCCGCCCCCUAUAAACCGGUCAUUCCCAGAGAAUUGGCGCAGGAUUUUGCCCGCCCUCCUCGGCUCGAUAUGUUACUCGACAUGCCACCAGCACUCAGGGAGACGCAAUUGAAGUAUAGUUGGAACCAGGACGACCGCUCUCUCAACAUAUUUGUCAAAGAAGAUGACAAACUUACGUUUCACAGGCACCCGGUGGCCCAAAGUACAGACUGCAUUAGAGGAAAAGUGGGUCUCACGAAAGGAAUGCAUUGUUGGGAAGUGUGUUGGUCGACAAGGCAGAGAGGUACGCAUGCCGUAGUAGGCGUAGCUACAGCAGAGGCACCUCUUCAUUCUGUCGGCUACCAAAGUUUAGUGGGGAGUACAGAUACGUCAUGGGGAUGGGAUUUAGGUCGUAAUAAAUUGUACCACGAUUCGAAGAACUCUCCUGGAGUGACUUAUCCAGCGUUACUAAAACCUGACGAGACUUUCAUAGUGCCAGAUAAAUUCCUAGUGGUGCUGGAUAUGGACGAAGGUACGCUUAGUUUCGUAGUGGAUGGCCAGUACUUAGGAGUCGCGUUCAGGGGACUCAAAGGAAGGAAGUUGUAUCCGAUAGUUAGUGCUGUUUGGGGACAUUGUGAAAUAACUAUGAGAUAUAUUGGAGGACUGGAUCCUGAACCUCUACCUCUUAUGGACCUGUGCCGACGCGUGAUUCGGCAGCGCCUAGGAAAGCAGCAUUUAGAAGAGAAGGUGAUGAGUUUGCAAUUGCCACAAGCCUUACAAACGUACCUCCUGUACAGAGACCGAAGAUAAUACAUCAGACUGUUUAGUGCAGUGAAGUGUUUUUCAAUGACUGCUAACUUGUAGGAAUGUAAUGAAGUAACCAAAUAAUCGAACUAUGCCCGAAGAAGGUAACGCGGGACGCGUUUGGACGUGGAAAAAGCGAGUCUUUUUCGCCGAUGUGAUGGUACGUGAAUCUCGGGGUUGGUGAGCGCGCCAUCUACUGGUGUAUCUCCGGACAAGCGCGCUCAGUCCUUGUCUUUCGUUGAGAACAUUGCCAUAUGGUGUAUAUAGUUGUAACCUAACAAGUCUUCGGAAAAAUAUAUUCUCAAGCACAGCUUCCUUCGAAAUAAAGCUUUACAAUAUUUUUUUUUUGACAAGUGUACCACAUGAGUGCUAGACUGUUUUGUUGUAUUAUAUAUUUUGUAAAUA